AUGGAAGAAAAUUGUUUGGAAGGUGGGCAGGAAGAAUGCUAUGAGUUUUACGAAGAGCGAUCUAAAGUUAUUAAAAAGGAAGAACGUGAUGAGUGUUAUGUUUGUGGUGAACAGUGUAUUCCUAAAGACCUUUGGAUGCAUAUUAUGUCUCAUGUUGAGCCACAAAUAUACCAGUGUGAGGAAUGUGGUAGUCGUUUCGGUAACGUUGCAUUACUUCGUCGACAUUACGAAACACAUACAAAACCUUAUGAAUGUCAGUUUUGCAGUAUGACGUUUGGUCACAAAAGUAAUUUAAGGAGACAUUUGCUGAGUCAUACUAAAGAGAAACGUCAUGUAUGUGAUAUAUGUCAGAAAGCAUUUGGUGUGAAGAGUGAUUUACGUAGACACUACCGCAUUCACACGAAUGAAAAGCCUUACGUGUGUCAGAUUUGUAACAAGGGAUUCAACCAAAGUGCCAAUUACAAGAAACACUGUCAAACUCAUUAUAAAAAGAAAAAGUUUAAGCAAAAUGGCGACAGUUCAGAUGUUGAUGAUCCAGAUUCAACCUUUCCUGAAAAUCCUUACGUCUGCGCUCAGUGUUUCAAAAGCUUUCCUGAGAAAAGGAACUUACAACGUCAUUUAAUGACACAUACCAAAGAAAAACCACACGUUUGUAAUAUUUGUGAUAGAGCAUUUGCUCAGAAAGCUCAUCUUAAAACUCACAGUUUGAUUCACUCACAAGAAAAGCCAUUUAAGUGUGAGGAGUGUGGCAAGUGCUUUUUAGACAAGUGGCGCCUUUAUCAACAUUCUAUGAUACAUAAGGAUGAUCGUCCUCAUCGCUGCAGUGUCUGUGAUAAAGGAUUUUUAUUUAAAUCUGUACUUGAUCGACAUUUUGUAACUCACACUAAGCAAAGGCAUCAUAUUUGUGAUAUAUGCCAUAAAGGUUUUACUCAGACUGGUGCUUUAACUAGACAUUACAUGAUGCAUGCAAAGAUAAAGCCAAAAAUAGAUAAUGUUUCUCGCAGCAUUGUGUCUGGUUCUUGA